UUCUGGACAUUCCAUUCCUAAAACUUUUUCAGUUAUUUCUAUAAAUACAAACCAAUUUUUCUGAGUCAAUUGAAAACCAUUUUCACAAUCAUUUCUGAUACUCACUUCAUUCUUCAAACCAAUAAUGGCAAGUCAGCUUUCCCACAACCAGAAAUUAGAGCCGUGGCACAGCCUAGCUGGAAAAGUUGUUCUUGUUACUGGGGCUUCUUCUGGUAUAGGUCGUGACUUCUGCCUUGAUCUUGCUCUAGCCGGCUGUUGCCUCAUCUUGGCGGCUCGUCGGAUAGACCGACUACAGUCACUCUGCAACGAAAUUAAUGGACAGUUAGAGGAGUCAAAAAACCAGCAGGCUGUGGCCAUAGAGCUUGACAUCGCCGCAGACAGCUCCACCAUAGAGAAGUAUGUGCAGAAGGCGUGGGAAGCUUUUGGGCAUAUUGAUGUGUUAAUAAAUAAUGCUGGUAUUAGAGGAAAUGUGAGAUCACCUUUGGAUUUGUCUGAGGAGGAAUGGAAUGAAUUGUUUAGAACAAACACAACUGGUACAUGGUUGGUGUCAAAAUAUGUAUGCAAACUCAUGCGAGAUUCAAAGAGGAAAGGAUCAAUUAUCAAUAUCUCUUCAAUUGCUGGCUUAGAAAGGGGGAAUUGGCCUGGAGCUAUUGCAUAUGCUUCUUCAAAGGCAGGUGUCAAUAUGCUAACAAAGGCGAUGGCAUUGGAAUUGGGGGCAUACAAAAUAAGAGUGAAUUCAAUAUCACCCGGACUUUUCAAAUCUGAAGUCACUGAAAAUUUGAUGAAGAAAGAUUGGGUAAAAAUGGUGGCCAAAAAAAUAGUACCAUUGAAAGAUCUUGGCACUUCAAAUCCAGCAUUAACAUCAAUGGUUCGCUACUUAAUUCAUGACUCUUCUGAAUAUGUGACCGGAAAUAUUUUUAUCGUUGAUUCCGGUACUACCAUACCUGGGGUGCCUAUAUUUUCAUCUCUAUGAAUGUGUGAUAUCAUACAUUAUAUCAAAAAUAUGAUUAUUAUAUUUAUAAUGAUCAAUUAAAGUGGAGAUUUUCUCCG